CCGCAGCGCGCUGCUCCUGGAAGCUUCUGCCGGUGGUGCGGGCCGCGGUGCAGCGGGGCCGGGCGGGUGGGGCCGAGCCGCGGGGACGGCAGAGCGGCCGCGGGGCCCGCACGGCCCACCACGCUCGGCGGGGAGCCAGUUCCCAGGUGCUUCCGGCCGCCAUGGAGCCAGUGGCCAAGGCGUCGACCCAGGCCCGCGGCCAGGGCUGCCCGGCCCGCUGCGCCCCAGGGCGAGAGCCCCGCCAGGUCUAGUGACUGCAGCCGCCAGCCUGGGGACCUCUUUUAAGAUGACCCGCACGGACCCGCCGGACCUGCUGGUGUCGACCGUGUAUCAGGAUAUCAAAGUGGCGGCCCCGGGGCCCGCGUCCCGGCGCCCGCCAUGUGAGCGCGCCGAGGCCCGGCCAGCUGCGCCCGCGCCUUUCAACAAGCGCCACUGCCGCAGCUUCGACUACCUGGAGGCGCUGGACGGGGAGGCCAUGGAGGCCGGCCGGGAGGCGCCGGCGCCCGAGCCCGCCGCGCCGCGCGCCCGGGCCCGCGAGGGCGAGUCCCGGCGCCGCGCCCGCUCCAAGAGCGCGCCCCGCGCGCCCCCGGGCCUGGCGCCCGCGCCCGCCUCCCCGCCAGUGCAGCCGCGCCGCGGCCGGGAGGCGCAGAAGGCGGCGCACGCGGAGACAUCGCCGCGCCGGGAGCCCGCGUACCCCGCGCUGCGCGCGCUCGCCAACGAGCUGCACCCCAUCAAGCUGCAGCCGCAGCGCGGCGGCCCCGGCCGCAUCGCGCCGCUGUGCGCCGCCUCAGGCCGCUGUGCGCCGCUCGAGCCGCCCCCGGGGCCCGCCCCGCACGUCCGCUGCCGCCUGGACAUCAAGCCCGACGACGCGGUGCUGCAGCACGCGGCCAGGGCCUCUCGCUCCUACGGGCCCGCCGACACCUUGCCCUGGGCGCGGCCCGGCCCACAGCACUACGGCCUCACGGUGCCCGGGCCGCGUCACCUGGCGCUGUCGCGCACGCCCACGCCCAGCGACUCUUACUGCGUCGACCCCCGGGCGCUGUACUGCGACGGGCCGCUGCCCGCGCCCCGGGACUACGCCGAGCGCCGGCACCUGCCUUUCACCACUCCGCCGGUCCCCACCCAGUUCUUCUAUACCGAGGAGCCCGAGGGCCCCCCUGGGGGUUUUGCGGGGAGCCCUGGGCCCCCCUUCGAUGGCUACUAUGCCAGGCCCUUCCUGCCCGAGGAGCCCGCGGGGCCCAGCCCCAGGCGCCGGGGCGGCUACUACGAGGGGGAACCGCGCACCUUCCCGGUCCAGGACGCGCCCUCGCGCUCCUACUACUACGGGGAGGACCCCGGAGCCUACGGCGCGCUGGGCGGCGUGCGCUACGGCCCCGAGGACGCGCGGGUUCACCCGGCCUCGCGGCCCUAUUACACGGAGGACUUCGGGCGCUACCGCGACCGCGAUGGCCUGGCGCGGACAUACCCGCACCCGCGCAGCAGCCAGGCCUGGGCUGACUGGGGCCCAAGACCCUACCGGACCCUGCAGGUGGCGCCUCCCCCGGACCUGGGCCCGCUGCUGGCCUCCUGGCACGGCGGCUCGGGUACCAGUCCGCCCCGGCUGGUCACAGACAGCCGCCACUACUCGCGCUCCUGGGACAACAUCCUGGCGCCGGGGCCGCGCCGGGAAGACCCGCUGGGGCGCGGCCGCAGCUACGAGAACUUGCUGGGGAGGGAGCCGAGGGGCACAUCCCCUGAGGGUCGGCGGCCACCGGUUGUGGUCAACCUGUCCACCUCGCCCCGACGGUACGCUGCUCUGUCGCUGUCCGAGACGUCGCUGUCGGAGAAGGGGCGCGCCGGGGAGGGCCUGGGCCGCAACUGGUACGUCACUCCCGAGAUCACCAUCACGGACAACGACCUGCGCGGGGCCGAGCGCCCAAGCACGCGGGGCUGGGAGCUGCCCGGGGGGCGCCCGCGCCCGCCGCCGCCCGCCGCCGGCCCCGCCUCCGGUCGGCAGCGCAGCCUGGAGCAGCUGGAUGAGCUCAUCACCGACCUGGUCAUCGAUUCGCGCCCCGCCGCCGGCCAGGCCGCCGAAGCCACGGCCGACGGGCUGGGCCGCCAGCUGCGCCGCCUGCUGGACCCUCGGCCCGGGGCCCCCGCACUCGCGCCGCGCUCACCCCCCGCGUCGGCCGGCAGCACCGAGGCGCCCGCAGCCGCGGGCCCCGCGGCCGACGCGUCCCCGGAGCCCAGCGCCGACGAGGACGACCUGAUGACCUGCUCCAACGCGCGCUGCCGGCGCACGGAGACCAUGUUCAACGCCUGCCUCUACUUCAAGUCCUGCCACAGCUGCUACACCUACUACUGUUCGCGCCUGUGCCGCCGCGAGGACUGGGACGCGCACAAGGCGCGCUGCGUGUACGGCCGCAUGGGCAGCGUGUGCCGCCACGUGCUGCAAUUCUGCCGUGACAGCGGCCCGGUGCACCGCGCCUUCUCGCGCAUCGCGCGCGUGGGCUUCCUCUCGCGCGGCCGCGGGGUGCUCUUCCUGGGCUUCCCGAGCCCGGGCUCCGCGGACAACUUCCUGCGCUUCGGCCUCGAGGGGCUGCUGCUGUCCCCCACCUACCUGUCGCUGAGGGAGCUGGCCACGCACGCCGCGCCCCUGGGCAGCUACGCGCGCGAGCUGGCGGCCGCGGGGCGCCUGUACGAGCCGGCCGAGUGCUUCCUGCUCAGCGUGUCCGUGGCCGUCGGCCCCGGCGCCGCGCCCGCGGGCGCCCCGGCGCGCCCCGCGCCCGCGCCGCGCAGCCCCGGGCCCACGGUGCGCAAGUUCGCCAAGGUGGCGCUGGCGGCUGGCAGCCCGGCGCGGCCGCCUCCGGCUCGCGCCCGCGAGCCCGACAUGGAGACGCUCAUCCUGACGCCGCCGCCCGGCACGGCCGGCCUGGACCAGGAGGGCGAGGCGGGCCGGCGCGCGCGCGAGGUGGCCUUCAUCCACAUCCAGCGCGAGCUGCGGUUGCGCGGAGUCUUCCUGCGCCACGAGUUCCCGCGCGUCUACGAGCAGCUCUGCGCCUUCGUGGAGGACAACCGGCGCUUCACGCCCACCACCAUCUACCCCACGGACCGCAGAACCGGCCGCCCCUUCAUGUGCAUGAUCAUGGCCGCGUCCGAGCCGCGCGCGCUCGACUGGGUAGCCAGCGCCAAUCUGCUAGACGACCUCAUGUGAGGGGCGGGGC